AUGGUAGGUUUGUGUGCAGCCCAGCCGUACUACAGUUACUCUAUAGGAUUUCCGCUCAAGUGCCAGGACAACAAGAGUUUGUUUCUGAACGCGUCCAUCAACCUGUCGCGUGCGUUGACUGCGCGAUUCGAAGACGCUACGGGCGUGCUGGGUGUCAUCGAGCUGAACAACAGUAUCUCCAGUGCCGCUGUCUACAACAGGUCAAGCGUGAACCACAGCCAGGUGAACUUGGAGUCAGCAAACUCCAGCGAGCACUACCAGAUCUCGACAGAGACGGGUGGUUCUGAUCGCGAGACGGGUUGCUACGAGAAGCAUUUGACGGCAAGCAGAGGUUAUAUUUCCUCUGCGUUCGAGCACAACACGUGCGAAUGGCCGUUCGGUGUCUACGUUUGUGGAUCCACUUUCUGCAUCUCAGAAAGCACGGAAGGGA